UUCAUAGACAAUUCAACAGGUGCUCUCAUUUGGCAGAAAGUGGGCUCAGCCAUCCAGGUUUCUGAAAAACUUUCAGGAUGGCUUCAAAAUUUAGAUCCAGCAAGUGUACCUCGGUUGUAUGGUUUUUGUUUCAUACGCUGCACAUUAACCUCAGAUAGUAAGGAAACUAUUGAUGAGAGUCUUGGACCCUUGAAUAUGGAAGAAUAUUAUGAUAUGGACACUGAUGAUCAUAGGUAUGGCACACAACUUCUAAUUUUACCACCACAGCUCCAUCCAACCAGACAGAAAAAACCUUCACCAAAUACAGAAAUCAAUAUCAAUAUUGUUUUAAUUGAUUCUGUGUCUCAUCAACAUUUUUUCAGGUCACUACGUAAGACUGUCCAGGUCCUGGAAAAUAUGAACCCUUUGCCUGAUCCGCUUGCCUCUUUAUUUGAUUUUGAACUUGUACAGGCUGUAAGGUCCAGAACUUUUGAGUCUUUGCAGGUGAUGUUUUCCGGUGAGAUUGAUCCAUUGGUGAAACCAUUUGGAACACAGGAAAUUCCACCUGAACCCCUCAAAGUAUCACAUUUGUUGGGGAAGUUUAAAAGAAAAGGAUACUCCACCCUAUGGUUGGAGGAUCUCUGCUAUCUCUGGGAGUGGGGCAUUGCCAAGGAUCUCCACUUUUUAAAAAAAGGUAGCACGAAAACAGACACCUGGAGGAGGAUGUGGUCAAAGUUAGCGGAGAGCAACGUAGACAGCAUUGAUGUGACUCUUUCCAUGUGUGAGAUCUUGAAGGUCAACGGAGUGCAUGACCAUUUCCACGGACCAGAUGCUGUGUGUUUUAAUGGUAAACACCAACAUGAAUACCUGUUAGACUAUCUGCAUCUUUUUCAGACAUCCAUGGAAGCCAUGAAGCAACCUUUUUUCACUUUUACAAUGACCAACGUAGGCCACGAGGAUACCGGAAGGAGGAUACAGACUCUUGACGAUGCCCUAGCUCACUAUUUACAAUCGGCAGCAUCAUUGCAAAAUACAUUGACCAUUGUUUUCUCAGAUCAUGGAAAUGCUUAUGGGAAAUACAUUCAGGAAAUUAAUGAGGCCCGUAUUGAGCUGUUUCAUCCAUUCAUGUUUUUUAUCAUUCCAAGCACCGUUGCCAAUAAAUUAGGAGUUAAUUCAAUGAGAUCAUUGGGAUUAAAUACACACCGGAUCAUCAGUUUUCUUGAUCUAUAUUACACGCUUCGAUAUCUUGUAGACUCGUACAAUACCAGCAUACCGCCAGGAGAUAAAAAAUACAAGAUCUCAUACAGAGGUUUAUUUGAUGUGGUUGAUGUGAACAGAACCUGCAAUGACAUUCCUAGGAUCAUGCCCAAUCUCUGCAUAUGCCAGGACUUUGACCUCUCAUUGACCAACGACACUGCCAACAACCUGUUUGCUUACUUCGCCUUAGGUCAGCUCAAUAAUGACAUUCAAAGGCAGCUGCUGAAGUCUUCAAAAGUCAACCCCAUCGCCUUUUUGAACUGUCAGAGGUUGAUGCUGUUUGGGGUUCAGAAUGUGCGCAAGAGCUAUGGAAAGGUAGAGCUAUUAGAUAUCUCUAUUUUCUAUAUAAAAAAUUACACAAUAUCAUGUUCUCUAGAAAGAAUCUUUUCCACGUUUCUAUCAAUAAACCUUGCCACAAGCUUACUCAUAUAAUUUAACUGUUCACCCAACUUAAUCAAAUCAGUUCUAAAGAAUCAUUCUGACAGUUGAGUUGGAUGUAUUUUUACAAAUAUUACCGGGUACAAGGUAAAAUGACAAUAAAUUUGUGUACUUUCCUCCACUUGUUUGAUAAAAAAUAAUUAAAUAUCUGUCCCAUUUCAGAAUGGUACUGAAAUGCUCAAGAUGGAUCUUCAUGUUCAGGAGGGUGAAAUUUUCUUUGUUGCUAUAAUCAUCACUUACGAUUAUCAAAAAACAUCCUACGCUGCAGUGCUGGACAUGUAUGACCGCUUGACUCCAUACAGCAAGUUUUCAGCUUGUGCCGAUGAUAUAGACUUGGCGUUGUGUGUGUGCGACACCUCCAAGCCUCGACGAGUCUCAGCAUCAGCACGUCAAGUGCAGCAGUUUGAUGACUACUCAACAAUGGCCCUGCUGCCAAACUUUAAGCCUGUCGUGAGAUCGCUCAACAGUGACGGUAAUUGCAUGAUUCUUGUCACCAUCAAACAUGCAAAUGGAGCCGUGAUUUUUACGGCAAAUACAUGCAAGGACAAGCGGUUUUCUUUAUCCACACAGCUAGAUUCUAAAAUAAUGUAUUCAGUGAGUCCCACAGGCGUCAUUAUGCCAGGUGGCAUGGUUGCUGUUGGCUUGUUGUACAGUGAGCAGAGUUCGGACUGGUUAUUCUCUAUAAAUGUGGAGUGUAACAUGUUAAGAGUGUAGCGCACAAGUCUUUAGAUAUCCUUUUAAUAUGCUAUUUAAAAGGAUUCACUUUUAACAACAAAUGGGAUUUGUCUAUCAGUUACCUUUCUAUUGUGUAUAAUGUUUGGGGAAACAAAAGACUUAAUGUGCCAUUCUAUUUAAAGCCAUUGAGAAGUUUUUUGUUGAAAAGAAACAUAUGGAGGAGGAGGAAUCUUUUUUUGUUGAGUUGUAAGGUAGC